UUGAGAAAAAUAUGACGAGAUAAACGAUUACAAGCAGAAAGCAUGGCUCCGAAGUUGUACGGUUUAUACCGAAGUCCACCAACGCGAGCGGUGUUGUUAUGUGCCAAAGGUUUAAAUUUAGAACUGGAGUUUGUUUUGGUGAAUUUGUAUGAAAAGGAACAUUUGUCAGAUGACUUUUUGAAGAAAAAUCCUCAGCACACUAUACCAGUUUUAGAAGAUGAAGAUGGUUUCAUCUUAUCAGAUAGCCAUGCCAUUAUGGCAUAUCUUGUUUCGAAAUAUGGCAAAGAUGACACUCUGUAUCCGAGUAAAGAUCUAAAACAACGAGCUAUCAUUGACCACAGAUUACACUUCGAUUCUAGCACUUUGUUUGCGAGAUCUGUAGCAAUAACGAAGCCAUUAUUUUUGCUAGGAAUUAAACCAUCAGAAGAUCGAUAUAGGGACUUCAAAGAAGCUCUAGGGUUUUUGGACAAGAUUUUGGAGAAUACUAAAACUGACUAUGUUGCUGGAAACGACAUCACCAUUGCUGAUUUCAGUAUAUUCAAUACAGUAACAAACGCUGAUCGAUUUGUACCAUAUGGUGAUUUUCCUCAAGUGGCAGCCUACGUUGAAAGGUUUAAGAAAACUGUUUAUUACAAACUAAAUGAAGAUUUAGCUAAUACAAAAUCACUCAGCACAAUGCCUCUUGACAACCCAGUAUCUACUUGCUCCAGGUCUGCAGCUUCAACUGACAUGCCAGAACCUACUUGCUCCAGACACGUCAAAUCUCCUGAGCCCUUAAAUGAUGACGAAGACAUUCCUUUGAGCAAAUUAUCGAAACAAUUCAUCGAAGAGUUGUCACCAACACCUCAAGCUACAUUAGAAAAUAUUCUGAAGAAAAGGAAACACAAAAAAGGUUCGCAAGGUAUCCUGAACUCAACACCCGAAAUAGCAUUACUGCAUAAGAAAGAAAACGAAAUAAGAGAAAAAGAAAGAAGAAAGUCGGCAAGAAAAAUCAAAAGGAGGGUGGAAAUACCGGAGAGCGAUGAAGAAGACCAUGUUAUCAAUACAGAAUCUGAUGACGAAGACGAUCCAAAAAAAAUUAUUACUAUGCUAUCAGAAAUCCUACAAAAAAAUCCUCAGCACACUAUACCAGUUUUAGAAGAUGAAGAUGGUUUCAUCUUAUCAGAUAGCCAUGCCAUUAUGGCAUAUCUUGUUUCGAAAUAUGGCAAAGAUGACACUCUGUAUCCGAGUAAAGAUCUAAAACAACGAGCUAUCAUUGACCACAGAUUACACUUUGAUUCUAGCACUUUGUUUGCGAGAUCUGUAGCAAUAACGAAGCCAUUAUUUUUGCUAGGAAUUAAACCAUCAGAGGAUCGAUAUACUGACUUUAAAGAAGCUCUAGGAUUUCUAGACAAGAUUUUGGAGAAUACUAAAACUGACUAUGUCGCUGGAAACGACAUCACCAUUGCUGAUUUCAGUAUAUUCAAUACAGUAACAAACGCUGAUCGAUUUGUACCAUAUGGUGAUUUUCCUCAAGUGGCAGCCUACGUUGAAAGAAUAUUUUUAAUAAAAUUAAGCGUUAACAUGACUCCUAAAUUGUACGGUUCAAAGGCUAGUCCACCAGUUAGAUCUGUGCUCAUGUGCGCUAAGGCUUUAGGUCUUGAGCUAGAACUUGUGCCGAUAAAUUUCCAGGCAGGAGAGCACCUAUCGAACGAAUUUCUUAAGAAAAAUCCUCAACAUACCAUUCCAGUUUUAGAAGACGAUGAUGGUUUUGUCGUACCAGACAGCCAUGCCAUCAAUGGUUAUUUAGUCGCCAAAUAUGGUAAAGAUGACUCUCUAUACUCGAAAGAAGACUACAAAUUAAAAGCCACCAUUGAUCACAGACUACAUUUUGAUUCCAGUAUUUUGUUCUCGAGAGCUAGUGCUAUUUCGAGACCUCUUAUCUUAAAAGGUAUAAAACCAACCCAGGAAAAGUUCGACGACCUUAAAGAAGCUCUAGGUUUCCUGGAGAGGAUUUUUACAGAGAACAAAACUGAUUUCGUUGCUGGUAACAAGCCAACCAUUGCUGAUUUCAGUAUAGUGUCCAGUGUGACGUCAUAUUCGGGUCUGGUUCCUUACACUGACUUCCCUAAUGUUAAGGCCUACAUAGAAAGAUUCCAAAAACUUCCUUGUUACGAAGCUAACAAAGAAGGCUUAACUGAGUUGGAGAAUUAUUUCACGAUUCUACUGAAAAAAGCCUAAGUUUGUUCAAAUUUAAUAUUGUUACAAUAAUUAUAUUUGUUAAAAUAGUUUAAAUUAAAUCUUGUAUUUUUAUUU